AUGUGGAACAAAGGGACUUUGGCUAGAGAGAUUUGUUCUCUCUACAUAAACUGUGGGGAUUACGACGUAACUGUCAACAACACAAACUAUGAAGGUGAUACAGAGAGAAAAGGCCCCUCGUCAUAUUACAAUGCUGGAAAUUGGGCGUUUAGCAGCACAGGAGCGUUCGUAUAUGAUAUCAGAUAUCCAAACACCUAUAUUCUUUCCAACACGUCUAAUCUCAAUAAUAUCUCUACUGUUAAUACCGCAUUAUAUACAAAAGCACGCACGGCUGCUAAUUCUCUCACUUAUUAUGGAUUGUGUCUUAUGAACGGGCAUUAUACGGUCAGACUCCACUUUGCAGAGAUCGUUUUCACCGAAUAUAGCCCCAGGAAGCGUGUAUUUGAUGUUUAUGUACAGGGGGAGUUAAAAUUAAAGGAUUUUGAUAUUAUAAAGGAGGCUGGAGGUAUCGGUAGGGAAUUAAUAAAGAGUUAUACAGUCAAUGUGAAGAAUAACACACUCAAGAUUCAACUUUACUGGGCUGGCAAAGGCAAACCUAACUUUCCACUUACAGAAACCAAUGGUCCGAUUAUAUCAGCUAUAUCAGUUGACGCGACCUGGAACUUCAAAUCCCAAUCGGGCUUUGGCUGUUCAAUUGCUUUAAUUGUUGGGACGGUCAGCGGAGGAAUCGUUUUUGUAUUUUUAAUCAUUGUUAUCUUGUGGAGAAAAGGCUACAUUAUGGUAGAAAAGGCAGCGAAUAUAGAGCUUAGAGGUAUAGAUCUACAAACAGGCAUAUUUACUAUGAGGCAGAUAAAAGCUGCAACAAAGAACUUUGAUCCAUCAAACAAGCUUGGAGAAGGCGGAUUUGGAUCCGUUUACAAGGGUCGAUUAUCGGAUGGAACAAUAAUUGCAGUUAAACAACUAUCAUCAAAGUCUAAACAAGGAGCCCGUGAAUUUGUCAAUGAAGUUGGCUUGAUUUCCGCUCUGAGACAUCCAAAUCUUGUCAGACUUUAUGGAUGUUGUGUAGAAGGGAACCAGAUGAUACUGGUUUAUGAGUACAUGGAAAAUAACUGCCUAUCUCAAGCACUCCUAGGCACAAACAAAGUUAUUAAAGCAAAGUUAACAUGGCCGAUGAGGAUAAACGUUUGUAAAGGAAUAGCUCAAGGUUUGGUUUAUCUUCACGAAGAAUCAAAUUUGAGAAUCAUACAUAGAGAUAUUAAGGCGAGCAAUGUUUUGCUUGAUGAAAAUUGGAAUGCAAAAAUAUCUGAUUUUGGUUUAGCAAAGCUUAAUGAUGAUGGAAAUACCCAUAUCAGCACUCGGAUUGUGGGCACAAUGGGUUAUCUGGCUCCAGAAUAUGCCAUGCGUGGUCACUUGACUACUAAGGCAGAUGUUUAUAGUUUCGGAAUUUUGGCACUAGAAAUUGUUAGUGGAAUAAGCUGCAACAAAAGCUUCAGCUACGAGACCGAAGAAUGUCUUUACCUUUUUGAUUGGGUAUGGCUUUUGCAUGAGAAAGAAACUAUAUUAGAACUUGUUGAUCCAGACUUAGGAUCUGAGUAUUCAUCAGAAGAAGCAUUGACAAUUAUACAAGUGGCCCUUUUAUGCACAAAAGCAUCAACUUUCGCUAGACCAACCAUGUCUCAAACCUUGAGCGUGCUAGAGGGUCGAACCAACAUUCAAGAUUUGGAAAAGGAACUGCGUCCUUCAACUACGCACCUUGAUAUUAGGCGCUUAAGAAAACAACUUUGGCUGGACCAUAGUGAAACCGACCCAACGAGUGCUGAACCACCUACCACCGAAUCCUUCGUCACCGAUUCCUUCAUCACGGAGUCCUUCAUAUCGUGA